GUUACAAAAAAGCGAUGGGCAGUGGUUGUAUAAUGCGAAUCAGGCCUGUGAGUCAGGCCUGAUUGCCAAUACUAGUGGAAAAGCCAAGCUUCUCUUUAGCUCAUUCAUUGAAAACCGAAAUCAACGAGUUUGUUUUGAUUUCAAUUGCAAUUUCUAACUAGGGAACCGUGUGUAAAAUUGCAACUAUGAGCGCUAAAGAUACGUUGUUUACGUCCGAGAAGUUUGGGAGCGAUGAAAGUGGAGAUGGAUCCGAAGGGAAACCCUUCAAGACAGCUCUACAGGCGUUGAAAUCAUGCAAGAGCGAGCCAUUUCCCAAAAUCAUGGUCGAUAGCAAGGAAGAGGGACAGAAAUUCGAAGAAAUCUCGAAGGCUCAGUUGAAGAAAUUAACGAAGUUAGCUCAACAGGACAAAAGGAAGGCGGAAAAGAGUGACGAGAAGGAGGCUGAAAAGGCUGAACAACGUGCUAAAAAUCUCGAAGAAGCAAAGCAGAUCGUCAUUGAAGAGGAUGCGUCUUUGGACAAAGCAAAAAAGAUCAAGAUACGCGAAUCUGUGGGUCAUCGUGAGCAACGUGUCAUGAUUCAAGCAUGGGUACAUCGCAUAAGACGGCAAGGUAAAACUUUGAUGUUUCUUGUUUUGCGAGACGGAACUGGUUUCAUUCAGUGCGUUUUGUCUGAUAAACUGUGUCAGACAUACGACGCUUUGGUCCUGUCUACAGAAUCAACAGUAGCUGUAUAUGGUGUCAUCUCACCAGUUCCAGAUGGCAAGUCGGCCCCAGAUGGUCACGAAAUGAAGGUGGAUUAUUGGAAGCUGAUUGGUCUUGCCCCGGCUGGUGGAGCUGACGCGAUAAUGAAUGUCGAGUCGGGAGUCGACGUCCAACUAGAUAAUAGGCAUAUAUUAAUGCGAGGUGAAACGAUAUCAAAAGUCAUGAGAAUGAGAUCAGUCGUUUCACAAUGUUUCCGUCAGCAUUACAUUGAUCGUGGGUAUUUCGAGGUCACUCCACCCACCAUGGUUCAAACGCAAGUAGAAGGCGGUUCGACACUUUUUGAAUUCAAUUAUUUUGGAGAAAGUGCUUAUUUGACGCAAUCAUCUCAGUUGUAUCUGGAAACAGCAUUGCCAGCAUUGGGUGACGUCUUUUGUCUUGCUCAGUCCUACAGGGCCGAGCAAUCGAAGACAAGAAGGCAUUUGUCUGAGUACACCCAUGUUGAAGCUGAAUGUCCUUUCAUAAGUUUUGAAGAACUUCUUGAUAGAAUUGAAGACCUUGUUUGCGACGUCGUCGACCGAGUUCUCAAGUCUCCCUACAAGAAUAUUUUGUACGAACUUCACCCCGAGUUCAAGGCGCCAAAAAAGCCAUUCAAGAGAAUGAACUACACAGACGCUAUAGCUUAUUUGAAGGAGCAUGAUAUUCGCAAGGACGAUGGAACCUUUUAUGAAUUUGGCGAAGAUAUUCCUGAAGCACCUGAAAGGAAGAUGACGGAUCAAAUAAACGAGCCGAUCUUUUUGUGCCGUUUUCCAACGGCAAUUAAGUCAUUCUACAUGCAGCGAUGCCCUGAAGAUAACAGGCUGACUGAAUCGGUUGAUUUGUUGAUGCCCAAUGUUGGUGAGAUUGUUGGUGGUUCAAUGAGAAUUUGGCAUUAUGAUGAGUUAUUGGAAGGGUACAAACGUGAGGAAAUUGAUCCCACACCAUACUACUGGUACACCGACCAGCGUAAAUUUGGCACUUGUCCUCAUGGUGGUUAUGGCUUGGGUUUGGAGAGAUACCUCUGUUGGCUGCUGAACCGAAUGCACAUCAGAGACGUUUGUAUGUAUCCAAGAUUCACUGGACGAUGUCGACCGUGAGUUUGGUGCUCCAUUCCGAGAGAAAAUGAUUGAAUGUCAUGCCCUUUAAUUCGUAUCUUUUCGAAUCUCCUGUAUUGAACUAUGAAGAAAUUAAAAUUGGCAUGAAAAAUGA